CCGACGCAGGUGGGGCUGCGGGCGCCCGCGGGGCCGCAGCCGAGGCGCAGGGCCCAGGAAGUAGGGCCCGGCCCGGGCGGAGAUGUGGACUCUCCUGCGCCAGAGAGACUGGGCGGCGGGCGCUGGGCGCCGGCGGCGCUGGCUGUGCGCUGGGGCCCCGGUGCUGGCCGCCAGCCUCUUCACCCUCGGCUUUCUCUCGGGAUGGUUUAUAAACUCCUCCCAUGAAUCUAUUAAAGUCAUUCCACAACAUAGUGCAAGGAAAAUGUUUUUGGAUGAACUGAAAGCUGAGAACAUCAAGAAAUUCCUACAUAAUUUUACACAGAUACCACAUUUAGCAGGAACAGAACAAAACUUUCAGCUUGCAAAGCAAAUUCAAUCCCAGUGGAAAGAAUUUGGCCUGGAUUCUGUUGAGUUAGCUCAUUAUGAUGUCCUGUUGUCCUACCCAAGUAAGACUCAUCCCAACUACAUUUCAAUAAUUGAUGAAGAUGGAAAUGAGAUUUUCAACACAUCAUUAUUUGAACCACCUCCUCCUGGAUAUGAAAACGUUUCCGAUGUUGUGCCACCUUUCAGUGCUUUCUCUCCACAAGGAUUGCCAGAGGGUGAUCUAGUGUAUGUGAACUAUGCACGAACUGAAGACUUCUUUAAACUAGAGCGGGACAUGAAAAUCAAUUGCUCUGGGAAGAUUGUGAUUGCCAGAUAUGGAAAAGUUUUCAGAGGAAAUAAGGUUAAAAAUGCCCAGCUGGCAGGGGCUAAAGGGGUCAUCCUGUACUCAGACCCUGCAGACUACUUUGCUCCAGGGGUGGAGUCCUACCCAGAUGGUUGGAAUCUUCCUGGAGGUGGUGUCCAGCGAGGAAAUAUCUUAAAUCUUAACGGUGCAGGGGACCCUCUCACACCAGGUUACCCAGCAAAUGAAUAUGCUUAUAGGCAUGAGAUUACAGAGGCCAUCGGUCUCCCAAGUAUUCCUGUUCAUCCAAUUGGUUACUACGAUGCCCAGAAACUCCUAGAGAAAAUGGGUGGCUCAGCACCACCAGAUAUUAGCUGGAAAGGAAGUCUCAAAGUACCCUACAACAUUGGACCUGGUUUUACUGAAGAAUUUUCUACACAGAAAGUCAAGAUGCAUAUCCAUUCCAACAGUGAAGUGACAAGAAUUUACAAUGUGAUUGGCACUCUCAGAGGAGCGGUAGAACCAGACAGAUAUGUCAUUCUUGGAGGUCACCGAGACUCAUGGGUAUUUGGUGGCAUUGAUCCUCAGAGUGGAGCAGCUGUUGUUCAUGAAAUCGUGAGAAGCUUUGGAACUCUGAAAAAGGAAGGAUGGAGGCCUAGAAGAACAGUUUUGUUUGCAAGCUGGGAUGCAGAAGAAUUUGGUCUUCUUGGUUCUACUGAAUGGGCAGAGGAGAAUUCCAGACUCCUUCAAGAACGUGGUGUGGCCUAUAUUAAUGCUGAUUCUUCUAUAGAAGGAAACUACACUCUUAGAGUUGAUUGUACACCAUUGAUGUAUAGUUUGGUAUACAACCUAACAAAAGAGCUGAAAAGUCCUGAUGAAGGCUUUGAAGGUAAAUCUCUUUAUGAGAGCUGGAGCAAAAAAAGUCCUUCACCCGAAUUCCAUGGCAUGCCCAGGAUUAGCAAAUUGGGAUCUGGUAAUGAUUUUGAGGUGUUCUUCCAAAGACUUGGAAUUGCUUCAGGCAGAGCACGAUAUACUAAAAAUUGGGAAACAAACAGGUUCAGUGGCUAUCCACUCUAUCACAGUGUCUAUGAAACAUAUGAGUUAGUGGAAAAAUUUUAUGAUCCCACGUUUAAAUAUCACCUCACUGUGGCUCAGGUUCGAGGAGGAAUGGUGUUUGAACUAGCCAAUUCCUUACUACUCCCUUUUGACUGUCGAGAUUAUGCUGUAGUUUUAAGAAAGUAUGCUGACAAAAUGUACAAUAUGUCAAUGAAACAUCCACAGGAAAUGGAAACAUACGAUGUAUCAUUUGAUGCACUCUUUUCUGCAGUAGAGAAUUUUACAGAGAUUGCUUCUAAGUUUAGUGAGAGACUGCAAGACUUUGACCAAAGCAAUCCAAUGUUAUUGAGAAUUAUGAAUGACCAACUAAUGUUUCUGGAACGGGCAUUUAUCGAUCCCUUAGGGUUACCAGACCGACCUUUCUAUAGGCAUGUCAUCUAUGCUCCAAGCAGCCACAACAAGUAUGCUGGGGAGUCAUUCCCAGGAAUUUACGAUGCUCUGUUUGACAUUGAAAAUAAACCGGACUCUUCGAAGGCCUGGCGAGAGGUGAAGAGGCAGAUUGCUGUUGCAGCCUUCACAGUGCAGGCUGCUGCAGUGACUCUGAGACAAGUAGCCUAAGCAGUUCUUUAGCGAACCCGUAUUGAAUUGGUAUGGUAUACCACUCAGAAGAAUCAUGGUGGGUAUAUUGAUAACCAAAAAAUAAGCAUAGAGCUGACCCUUGAAUAAGUAGGUUUGAAUUAUGCAGGCCCAUUUACACAUGGAUUUUUUCAAUAAAUAUAUUGGAAAA